CGCAGUGCGAUCAAAGAUGUGUGCUCUCGCUUCGGACGUCGACAUGGCUUCUCGUCAUGUAGCAAAGUUUCCUCCCAGUAUUUGGGGGGAUCGUUUCCUGGAAUGUUUGAAGAAUCCAGUGGUAACAGACACCACGUUUCCGCAAUUCAUAGAACUAAAAGAAGAAAUGAGGAGGGUGCUUAGGGAACCCAACCACAACCCUUUGCAAAAGCUAAACUUGAUUGAUGCGAUGCAGAGGUUGGGCGUCUCUUACCAUUUUGAGAAAGAGAUAAAAGAAGAGUUGAAGCAAAUGUACGAUGAAUGGGAUGACAAAGACAAUGAUCUCUAUAUUGUUGCUCUUCUAUUUCGUCUCCUAAGACAAGAUGGCUAUCGAAUCUCUUGUGAUGUGUUUACCAAGUUCAUGGAUGAGAAAGGCAGCUUGAAAAUAUCACAUAGUGACGAUGUGCAUGGCAUGCUGAGUUUGUAUGAGGCAUCGUUUCUCAAAGUAAAUGGAGAAGAAUUGCUUGAUAAAGCCAUGAUUGUGGCAUCCACUCACCUUCGUCACUGGGUGGCAAGUCAAGUUAGCCCCAGUCUCCUUUUCGAACAAGUAAUUCAUGCCCUAGCUAGGCCAAUUCGCAAGGCCUUGCCAAGGAUUAAUGUAAGACAUUAUAUAUCGAUUUACAAGAGAAGAGAUGAUUUUUCUUCGCAUAAUGCAAAACUCCUCAUCAAGUUCGCGAAGUUGGAUUUCAAUAUGCUACAAACACUGCAUCAACGAGAGAUAAACGACAUCAUAAAGUGGUGGAGGGCACUAGACACUGAAACAAAACUUCCUUAUGCCAGAGAUCGAGUAGUGGAGUGUUACUUCUGGAUAUUGGGAGUAUACUUUGAACCCCAGUAUUCCCUUGGAAGAAGAUUGCUCACCAAGGUGACUACAUUAGUAUCCGUCAUUGAUGACACUUAUGAUGCUUAUGGCACAAUACAAGAACUCAAGCUCUUUACCAAAGCCAUUCAAAGGUGGGAUACAAGUACAUUAGAAUCACUUCCAGAGUACAUGAAAGUACUUUACCAAGCAAUCUUAGAUGUUUACACAGAAAUUGAGGAGGAGACUACAAAAGAAGGAAAACCCUACUGCGUACACUAUUCAAAAGAAGCUAUGAAAAAACUUUGUAGUGCCUAUCAUGUUGAGGCGGAGUGGUGUCACAACGGUUAUGUCCCCACAAUUGAAGAGUACCUGAAGGUUGCAGCAGUGAGUUGCGCCUACCCAUUGAUCGCAACAAUUAGCUUGAUUGGCAUGGGGGAGUUUGGGACGAAGGAAGCAUUCAAUUGGCUGUCAGAAGAUCCUUUGGUUCUUACAGAAUCAUCGCUUCUCUGCAGGCUCAUGGAUGAUAUCACGAGCCACAAAUUUGAGCAGGAGAGGGAACAUGUAGCCUCAGCAGUGGAGUGUUACGUGAGCCAACAUGGGGUUUCAGAAGAAGAAGCAAUAGAUGAAUUGAGAAAACGAGUUUCCAAUUCAUGGAACAUCAUAAACGAGGAGUUACUCAAACCAACUGCAGUCACUUCGAUUGCUCUCCUGACUAGAUUUCUAAACCUGGCUCGAGUCAUGGAUCUCAUAUACCAAGAGGAGGAUGGUUACACAAAUGCUCAUCUUCUGCGAGACUAUGUGACCUCUCUUAUAAUCGAGCCCAUUAUCAUGUGAGCAGAAUGGGCGUUAAUAAUAAUGUGUAAUAUUAAUCUGUACUUUCCAUAUGGGACAACUAAUAAUGUGUUCCAUAUUUCUACUCCAGUCGCUAAUGUGUGGUACCUGUAUUACAAUAAGGUUUUUCUUUCUAUAUAUAAUAAAUAAAGCAACAAUAUCAUUAUGCAUGUCGUCAUAAACUAGUGUAUUAAUUAGUCAUGCAGUUUAUGGAGGCACGAACUUGUGGAAUAGAAACAAUGGGACUAA